UGUUGACCUAUGUAGUGUAUAUGUCCAAGUCUAUAUAAGACUGGCUGCCCUUUGGCAUCAGGCUUCAGGUUUUGUUUGUUCCUGUCUUCAUCCGCCUUGAUACCAAAAGCCUGAUCACUCCUAUCCUGAACUUUCCCACUCACGGUCGAAACAAACCCCAUCACCUCCACCGCCAAAAUGAAGUUCACCUCCACCGUCGCGGCCAUCGCCCUCGUCGUUGGCGCCUCUGCCCAGCAGGCUAUCGUCCACAACAACUGCCAGGAUACCGUCUACGUCCAGUCGUUCCCCUACGACGGCUCUGCCACCGGCCCUCUGACCACCCUCCAGGCUGGCCAGACCUUCUCUGAGGACUUCCGCAAGUCUGGCUCGACCGUCAAGGUCUCCAAGACCAAGACCUUGACCAGCCCUCUGUUCAUCGGCUACUCGUUCUCGUCGAACCCGGACUACGGCUACUAUGAGCUGUCCAGCGAGUGGGGCAACCCCUUUGCCGACAAGCGCGUGACCCUCUCCCCCGGUGCGGGCUGCCAGGACUUCAACUGCGCCCCCAACGACGCCGGCUGCUACAGCCGCCCCGACAUGAAGAAGGUCUACGGCUGCCCUCUGCCCAUCAACGUCGAGGCUACCCUCUGCGCCUAAGCCUACGGCGCUAUGAAUGUCAUGAAAUAGGAUGAAAAAGCAAUUCUUUUAUGGAUAGCGGCGGGUAUAGCCGACCGUCUAUUUAAUGAUUAAUCGAUGAAUGAAUAAAAAAAAAGCCGCUUUAGCGCGCGAGACAAACAAUUCUGUUGCCAUGCAUGUCUGUGAUCUAGACUACACCAAGAUCUAGUCUA